UUUCGGCGUUUUUCGUGCCUCGUUUCGCGUCCGGGCCUCCAGGACGUGACCAGUGACUUGUUCGGCGCUCAGAAUGAGGGGACGGUGGCCGCUUUUGGUGAUUUUAACUCGGAUAAACAGACCGAUAUUUUCAUCAUCAGGGAACAAUCAGAGCUGCUGAUUUUCCUGGCUGAUCUCAAAGUUCCUUAUUUCAAGCCUAAAGUGCAUCUCACCAAGGAUGUGUUCCCCAGUGACGUCAUCACCAUCAGCAGCGUCGUCCCAGGAGAUUAUGAUGGAGAUUCUCAAAUGGACGUUCUUCUCACCGGCCAUCCCAAAGGCUCCGACACCCUGCAGACAAAUGUGUUCGUCUUCUGGGGGAACAACCAAACUCUGGAUCAGGGUGGAAGGACUGACCUCAAUAGGACGUUUAAAGAUCAGCCCCUCGUCAUGGACUUUAAUGGGGACAUGAUUCCAGAUGUCUUCGGAGUGGUGGGCAGUUCAACGGAAGUUUGCUAUCUCCGUGACAGGAAGCCUCGGUGCGAGAAGGCGCUCAGCGCUGAGGUGAAGAUCCGCGUUCCUCACUCGAACGCUUUCAUCGACCUUAACAAGGACUUCACUGCUGAUUUGUUCCUGAGCACGGAGCUGAAUGCCGGGUUUGGGUUUGAGACGUGGAUCAAUACGGAUGGGAACUUCACCAGGAAUCACACGGGAAAGGCGCCGGAGAACGUGAAGUUGAUAGGACAGUCUGCUUUCGUGGAUUUUGAUGGCGACGGCUCUCAGGACCACCUGCUGCCGGUGUGCUUGGACAAUACAUGUGCGAAAAGCGCCAUUUACUUGGCAAAACCGGGCCAAGCUGAGUGGGUUCCUGUUCUGACUGAUUUUCAGAGGAGAGACAGUCUGUGGGGUUUUGUUCCUCCGGACGGUCCCAAGGCUGCAGAGCUCCAGCCCCCCAUCACCUUACACCUGGGGGAUUAUAACCUGGACGGCUUCCCCGACGCUCUGGCCAUCCUCCACAACACCAGCAACAAGGGUCAGCAGCAGGCGUUUCUGUUGGAAAAUGUUCCCUGUAAUAAUGUGAGCUGUAGGGAAACAGGCCGAAUGUUCCGCAUCCACUGGGAGCAGACUGACCUCAGCUCCGUCCACUCUGCAGCCGUGGCAACCUUCUUCGACAUCUACGAGGAC